CAGACACAGGACCAGACCGUGUCCGGGAGGUUAGGACUUCUUUUAAUCAGGAGCAGAUUGCUGCAGCAGCGGGCCAAGAAGAAAAGGCGCAGCCAUGAAUGCACAAAUGAACUCGACGUUCCGUGGCGCGGCGGCGCAGUUUAUUUCCAAGCAGCACCCCAUCACACACAAGCAGGAAGUCUGCCGCCUGUACCGGGCCUCGUUGAAGCUGCUCGAUUCGUGGGCGAUCGACCGGACCAUUUUUCUCGAGGAGGCCACCAAAGUCCGCGCAUCGUUCGACGAAGGGUCCAAGUGCGGACCAGACAGCGCCCGGGCCAAGGCUCUCAUGCGAGGAGCCUACAAGAUGAUCGACGAACACGUUCACGUCGACAGAUACAUCCGGCCAUACAUGCCGUCCGGUAGCAGUUUCAUGCGCAACCCGCCGCCCCCGCUGGAGGCGUGCUACCCUCUCGGAAUUCCGGACGAAGUCUUGGCGGAGUUCAAGGGAGUCCCGAUGGAAGUGGAGGUGGAUAUGUCUAGGCCGGAGGAGGGAAGGAUGUCCAAGGCCGGUCAGGUUCUGGUUGACCUAGCGACCAAGCGUGUGUACUAGAAGCGAUAGGUUGAACGAAAGCACGGUCGGGGCGCUUUGUCGCGUCCAUUCUUCAGAGCAGUUUUUUUGGACUAGGGUAGGCGACGAUUCUUGGGGGCCAUCCGCCGUUUGGGUCGGAAAGAAUGGCCAAGUGUUCGUUGUUGCUUACAUCUUUAUUCGCUUUGGAGGACAACGGAACGACGUUUUUUGUUCGCCUCGGGUUUGUUUCGCUCGUGGGCGUAGGCGUUUUGUGCUGAAAGGGGACGGGGCGACGAUAGGAUGAAAAGGCGGGUGAGGGGGUGACGCGAAAGAGAAGCGCGAAAUAUUAAUAGCGUACCGAAGCCGGGCGCGGCACGGCGUUAGAAGUGGAGGGUUUUGCAGUAGUGACUUCGCUGGAGAGGAAUCUCCUUUGUCUGCUACUGCAGCGCUAUCUGCCACUGCUCAGUUGUUGUGCGGCUGGCAGCUGCUAGAUGAGACGGAUUUUUUCGAGAUUCCAUGGUUUUGCCUCGCGAUAAACAUAGGCCAUUCGCGGUGAUGCAUUUUUGAGUCGGCGUUCACCGGACAUCGGUACCAAUUAAACUCGGGGCUGAGAUGCAUUGUAAUUGAAAUUGUAAGGAAUG